AUGACAUCGGCAAUUAGAACUAGAGGUUUCUCUGAAGAUUUAUGGGAUAAAUUUGAAGGAGUAGUAAAAAAAGUAGAAAAUGGUAAAGUAUUUACCAAUACGAUGAGUAAAUUCCUAUCAAAACAACAACAAAUCGAAUCGGCCUAUGCCAAGAGCAUGAUCAAAUUAUGUAAAGAUAAAUCAUUGGCACCAGACAUGGAGAUUGGAACACUAAGAGAUUCAUGGCAAGUCUAUAGAGAUCAAUUGGAAGCAAUCUCUAAUCUACAUGAUGAAUUUUCUCAAAAAUUGGAAAAGCUUAUAGCUAGCAACGUUGAAUUUUAUUUAGAAGAAUCAAGAAAACAAAGGAAGGCUUUGGUAGCAUCAGGAGAAAAAUUAACAAAAGAUUUAAAGACUGCAGAAGCAAAUGAAUCAAAAGCAAAACAAAAUUAUGAAAAGUUGAAAAAGAAACAAGAAGAGGCACAUGAAGAUUUAAGCAAACAACCUCCAGGUGCCAAAGAACAAAAGGCAAGAAAGAAUGUUGAAACUGCUACAAAGGCUGCUGAUCGUGCAGACAAUGAAUACAAAGAUUCGGUCAAACAAUUACAACUCAAUCAAACAAAAUUCUAUCACGAAGAAAUGCCUAAAAUUCUAGAUGACCUACAACGUUUUGAAGUUGAAAGAUUGGAUAAAACAAAAGAUUGGAUGUUGGAUAUUAUUAAAUUUACUGAAACUAUUCCUCCUUUGGUUUCAAUUUCAAAUGAAAAUAUUCGAAAAGGAUUUGAAAAUAUAGAUAGAGAUAAAGAUAUACAAUCAUUUAUAAUGGAGAAAAUGAGUGGAGCACAAAAACCAGCAGAAUCACAAUAUGAACCAUAUCAAUCAUCAUCUCAUUUAUCAUUCUCUGCUCUUUCUACAUCACAAGCCAACAGUCCAUUACAAAAUGGAGAAAAUAGUAAAUCAAGACAUAGUUUGGGUAGUUCAAUUAGUAGUAGUAGUGGUGGCGGAGGUAGGGAUAGUGUCACAUCAUCACCUAUAAAUGGAGCCAAUGUAACCAAUUCAAGAUCAGUAGAGGAUAUGGUGAUUACAGAUACAGUACGAGCACUCUAUGAUUAUUCAGAGACUGAAGAAAAUGAAAUAUCAUUCAAAUCAAACAACAUUAUCAAAGUUAUCAUGAAGGAUGAAUCUGGAUGGUGGAGAGGUACAGUAGUUGGAGGCGAUGGCAAAAUUGGCAUGUUCCCAAGCAACUUUGUACUCUCUACAGACUCUACCCAAACGAAAAAGGUCGAUGUGGCCGGUAGUAAAUGUAAAGUGCUCUAUGACUAUCACAGCGAUUGCGAAGGUGAAUUGGGUAUCAAAGAAGGUGAACUCCUAACUAUAGAAUAUGAAGAUGAAGGUUGGUUCUUUGGUUCAAAUGAGAAAAAUGAGUCAGGGCGGUUCCCAAAGAGCAAUAUCGAUGGUGAUACCACGUUCACUUUCAGCCUUGAGAUUGUCCAUGACCCAAGCGUACUUAAGGAUUGCUUACCCAUUUCAGCAGCUUCCCUCGAAACCACUCUCGUCUAUGUUCACUAA